UAAUAUUUUAAAUCAUAAUGUUGAUUUAGUCUUUUCUACUUCAUGCGUGUACGUAAAUCAGGUUUUGAAACGGUAACAUUGGGCUGAGUUAAGAGGGUGAUUUGUCAAACGAAUCUAUAUAAAUCCACCUGUUUUCCAUUGCUACUAACACAUAUCUAACUCGAAUCGUUUUCAUGGCUACACAACCGCCGCUUCCACUCGCCGGAAGAGUCGCCAUAGUCACCGGAUCAUCCCGUGGAAUUGGCCGAGCUAUAGCUAUCCACCUAGCUGAACUCGGUGCGAGGAUUGUUAUCAACUACACAUCUAAAGCCGCAGACGCCGAGCGUGCCGUGGCUGAGAUCAACGCUUUCCCAGUUAGGGAAGAAAUCACAGGAAAGGGACCAAGAGCCAUUGUGGUUCAAGCCAAUGUCUCUGAACCAAGCCAGGUGAAAUCGAUGUUCGAUGCGGCUGAGACUGCCUUUGAAUCGCCGGUUCACAUUCUGGUUAACUCCGCUGGGAUUCUCGAUCCCAACCACCCUUCGAUUGCAGACACAUCAGUCGAAGAUUUCGAUCGCAUCUUCAGUGUCAAUACAAGAGGAGCGUUCCUGUGCAGCAAGGAAGCUGCGAAUAGGCUAAAGAAAGGAGGUGGUGGUCGGAUCAUACUCGUGACAUCUUCGUCGAUCCGAUCCUUGAGAAUUGGAUAUGGUACCUAUGCAGCAUCAAAAGCGGCUGUGGAAACUAUGGUCAAGAUUCUUGCGAAAGAGCUAAAAGGUACAGGAAUCACUGCCAACUGUGUUGCUCCAGGACCUAUAGCCACUGAUAUGUUCUAUGAUGGAAAGACCCCGGAGUUGGUUGAGAAGAUAGCAGCAGAGUCUCCCUUUGCAAGGAUUGGUGAAGCCAAAGACGUGGUGCCUCUUGUUGGAUUCUUGGCUGGUGAUGGUGGUGAAUGGGUCAAUGGUCAGAUCAUUCCAGUUAAUGGUGGAUUUGUGUAAAAGAUUAUGGUCUUUGACUCUUGGAGAGGAGCCUCUUCUUCCUCUUGAGAAAUUAUUUGGCGUUCAAAACUUGUCAAAAUUGAAACAUCCGGCCGGGGUUUAAUUGGAAUAACGCAGAUUUAAAAUAAAACGUCUUAUUCAUUUUUAAUUUUUUAUUAAUUAAUA